CAUUAACCUGUUUAACCUCAGCAUUAAAAAAAGCAAGCGCAGCCAAAAGCUGGAAGAAAGGAUUACCAACCUCAAUGACUACCACACAUAUGCAGUAUACAGGUACACGUGUCGAGGUCUGUUUGAGGCCCACAAGCUGCUUUUCAGCUUCAGAAUGUGUGCCAAAAUCCUGGAGGUGGCUGGCAAACUCAACAUGGAUGAGUACAGCUUCUUCCUACGAGGAGGACUUGUUCUUGAUAAGGAGGAUCAGAUGAACAAUCCAUGUACCAGUUGGCUGACAGACUCCUGCUGGGACAACAUCACAGAGCUGGAUAAGCUUCCAAAUUUCAAAGGCAUUAUGACCUCCUUUGAACAGCAUCCCCUAGACUGGAACCAUUGGUUCACCAGUGCUGAGCCAGAGAAUGCCACACUGCCAGGUAAUUGGAACCGCUGUAAUGAGCUGCAGAAGAUGUUGAUUGUUCGGUCGUUGCGUCAGGACCGUGUCUCUGUGUGUGUCACCUCCUUCAUUGUAAACAACCUGGGCUCACGCUUUGUGGAGCCACCUGUUCUUGAUAUGAAGGCAGUUGUGGAAGAAUCCACAUGCAGGACUCCUCUGAUCUUUGUGCUGUCUUCUGGUGUGGACCCAACAGGAGCCCUGUUGCAGCUUGCUGACGCCUCUGGCAUGAGCAAUCAUUUCCAUGCUCUGUCUCUGGGUCAGGGGCAGGCCCCCAUUGCUAAGAGCAUGAUAGAGGAGGGUGUCAAGACUGGUCACUGGGUGUUCCUUGCCAACUGCCACCUUUCUCUCUCGUGGAUGCCUGAGUUGGACAAGCUGGUGGAGCAGCUACAGGUGGAAAAGCCAAACAAAAACUUCAGACUCUGGCUGAGCUCUUCCCCACAUCCUGAAUUUCCCAUCACCAUACUGCAGGCUGGCAUCAAGAUGACCACUGAACCACCAAAGGGUAUAAAAGCCAACAUGAAGCGUCUCUACCAGCUGGUGACCGAGGAUCAGUUCAACCGCUGUUCAAGACCUGUCUUAUACAGGAAGCUGCUCUUCUCCCUCUGUUUCUUUCACAGCAUACUGCUGGAGAGGAAGAAGUUUUUACAGCUGGGAUGGAAUAUAGUCUAUGGCUUCAACGAUUCUGACUUUGAGGUGAGUGAGAAUCUGUUGAGUCUGUACCUGGAUGAGUAUGAGGAGAUUCCAUGGGAUGCACUGAAGUAUCUCAUUGCUGGGGUCAACUAUGGAGGUCAUGUGACAGACGACUGGGAUAGACGUCUUCUUACCACUUACAUCAACGGCUACUUCUGUGACUCUGCAGUAGACCAGCCCUUCUUUAAGUUGUCCUCCUUAACCUCCUAUUACAUCCCCCGCGAUGGUCCCCAGUCCUCAUACAAGGAACAUAUCAGUAUGCUGCCUUCCACAGAGCACCCUGAGGUGUUUGGCCAACACUCUAAUGCAGAUAUAGCCAGCCAGAUCGCAGAGUCCAGGACACUGUUUGACACCUUACUCUCUCUGCAACCCCAAGUCACCAGUCCCACUGCUGCAGGGGCCGGGCCAAGUAGAGAAGAUAAGGUAUUAGAGCUGCUGUCAGAUGUUCAAGGGAAGAUCCCAGCAUUGAUUGACUUCGAGGGCACCCGGUCGUUGCUCCAGGACAACCCUUCACCUCUUAAUGUGGUCCUUCUGCAAGAAAUCCAGAGAUACAACGCACUACUGAACACCAUCAUUUCGUCCCUGGUGGAGCUGGAGAAAGGGAUCACAGGCUUAGUGGUGAUGUCAUCAAGCUUGGAGGAGAUCUUCCACUGCAUCUAUGACGCCCGUGUACCACCACUGUGGGAGAAGGCUUACCCCUCCCUGAAGCCCCUGGCAGCUUGGACCAGGGAUCUUUCCCAGCGAGUCACUCAGUUUGCACGCUGGGCUGAGACGGUUCAGCCCCCCACCUUGUUCUGGCUCUCUGGCUUCACCUUUCCAAAUAGUUUCCUCACUGCUGUUCUGCAGUCCUCUGCUCGACAGAACAAUAAAUCUUAUCCUACCUAA